GCUAUGUAUGACAAGUUGUAGUUACCUAGAAUCCAUUCUUCCAAUCCUCGAUAAGCCCAAGUUUGAUCUCUGCUGUCCUAACCUCUUAUGACACUCCUGGAAUGGGAUUGACUAGGUUUCUAAUCACGGGCGGAGCUGCUUGCAUUAUCACGGCUCUGCGUACUGACGUCUCGGAACUAAAGAACGCCAAGGAGCUUAUGCUCACGGGUGGAUUCCUUUUAAUAGUACUGGGACUUAUCAGCUACGGCAGGUCGGACCCGAACCAUAACGACUACAAGCCGAGCAAGCAGGCGAAGCAUACCCAUACCGCUGCGUGUGGCGACAAGUGCAAGGCGGAGUAGAGUCCCGGCAGUUGGGCACACCUGCAUCUGACGCAGCGCGCACGCAGGGCAGCGGCGAGUGACGAAGCCAGUGGUCCGUCAGGAGACCGUGCCCUCGGUGCGACCUCCUGCAGGCGCGUGCCUUCGCUUAGCGGGGCGCCAGGCGUUGCCUGCCCUGUGAAGCCUUGCACGCCGCUGAGCUAUUGUGCGCCUGCCAGUCGCCAUGGCGCCUACCACAGAUACAGCUUCCGAGCGCUCAGGCGGGCUCGCCAGCAGCAGCGGCCGCCAGGAGCAGCGGCAGAGAACAGGGCUGAAGCAAGGCCGGGGCCAGGAGCUAGAGAAGCAGCAGGCGCAGCAGCCACCGCAGGGGCCAUCACAGCACCCGGCGGAGCCGUCUGUUGACCGCGCCAAGCCGGUGGUGGCGCAGGUGGGCCGCCUGGGCGCAACCUACUGGAAGUGGGUGCACGAGCCGGAGCCGGGGCAGCCCCUCUUCUUCGGCAACGCGCUGGUGGAGUCAUGCAGCAAGACGCCCUGGUGGGUGGUGCCGCUGCUGUGGCUGCCGCUGUUCAGCUACUGCCUGGGGCUGUCGGUGCUGCGACAUGGCAUGCCGCUGGCCAGCGCCGUGUCGCUGGUGCUGAUGGGCGUGGUGGGCUGGCAGCUGCUGGAGUACCUCAUCCACCGCUUCAUCUUCCACGCCGAGCUCAACUCGCCGCUGGGCAUCACCUUCCACUUCCUGUUCCACGGCUGCCACCACAAGUAUCCCAUGGACAAGCUCCGCCUGGUGUUCCCGCCGGUGCCGGCAGCGGUGGUGGUGGGCGGCGUGUGGUGCGUGCUGGUGGCGACGCUGCAGUACCCUGUGGCGCUGGCGGUGUUCGCGGGGAUGGGGUACGGGUACGUGGCGUACGACGUGCUGCACUUCAUGAUGCACCACGUGCCCAGCACCGCGCUGCCCGGGCCGCUGCUGCGUGACCUCAAGCGCCGCCACAUGCACCACCACUAUAAGGACCACAGCAAGGGCUAUGGCAUCAGCUCGGUGCUGUUUGACAUCCUUCUGUGCACGCAGUCGGGGAUUUGAGCAGGUGUGCAGCAUAGGUGGCCAUGGCCGCCGGUGGGCAGUGAUUGUUGGCGUUUGGAAUGCGUGACUGCCUUGAUGUUUGGGGCCUGCCUGCUUUCGAGAGCAAUAGGCGAGGCGGCGUCGUGCCUGCACAUACUGACAAGAGUGGAUUUACGAAGAGACCAUGCAGCGUGCGAGCUUAUCACGGAUGUCGACCAUGUGGUCCAAGUGUGUGAUUGAGACUACCGGUAAUGGGCGUGCGCUGCAGGGCCGGGCGCGAUCAGGCUUGGUGCGGACACAUGGGAUGCAACCUUGGUGGAGGUAUGGAGCCACGGCUAGGGCAGGUGUCGGUCCGGACUUGUGCUGGCUGCUGGGCAGCCAAUUUACAACUUGCAUAAGUCGGGUCCCCGGGGGGGGGGGGUCAAGCAACGCGAACUCAUCAUGUGAAGGCGGCAUGGGGUGUGAUUGAGCACCGCACAGCUCCCCAGGCAGUGGGACAUGGGCUGGGCAUCUGCACGUGGCUAAUACGUAUCUUGACCUUGCAACUAUAUGGGUCCCG